AUGAGCGAUAACGGAGAAAAAAGAGAGGAUACAUACGAAGGAAAAUCCUACGCGAGGAUGAUUAGAAGUAGAAGAAGAAAUCUACCUUUGAAACUCUCACGAUUCAGGAACUGUAAUACAAAAAAACUUUUCAUGGCAGCUUCAACAAAUAGCAGCAGCUUCUUAAUAACCAUUCAUCAUUUCCAUAAACCGAAGCAGAAUUAUUAA